CUAUGCAAAGCCCAAGCCUAGAGAAAGAAGUUCUUGCCAAAUUUACCAUACAGAGUGGUUCUGUAGUAGAUUCUGACUGUAUAUAUCAAUGUGUACGAUAUUCCAAUAAGAAACCCACCAAGCACAGCAUUAAUAUGUUUGCGUUACGACAUUUGCGACUACAGAGUAGGGCUAAAAUGCAUUUGCCAUACACAGCAGCAGCAGCAACAACAACUACUGUAAAACACAUGCCAGCUGUGCCGGCGCGUGCCUACAUUGGGCUGCACACACACGCCAGUGACUACCGCAAGCAGAGACUGCUGAUGCUUCAGGAACACAUGGCUAGCUGGAGGCUGUAUCAAAGAACUACGACAACACUGUCAGAGUCGUCAAGCCCGGAAAGCAAGGCGCCGCACAAGUCAUCGCUUCUACAGGAAUUGGCAGCCGCCACUAAGCCAUACGCACAGCUGAUGCGCAUUGAUCGGCCUAUUGGGACGUACCUACUCUUUUGGCCCUGCGGCUGGAGCAUUGCGUUAAGCGCUGAUGCCGGCUGCUGGCCGGACUUUACCAUGCUGGGUCUGUUUGCCACGGGAGCAUUGAUCAUGCGCGGCGCCGGUUGCACCAUAAACGAUAUGUGGGACAAAGACAUCGAUGCUAAGGUGGAGAGGACGCGCACACGUCCGCUAGCUUCUGGGCAAAUCACCCAACUCGAUGCGAUUGUGUUUCUCUCGGCGCAGCUUAGCCUUGGCUUGCUGGUGCUUGUGCAGCUCAAUUGGCAAUCCAUAUUGCUGGGCGCCAGUUCGCUGGGCUUAGUCAUUACGUAUCCGCUGAUGAAGCGUGUCACCUACUGGCCGCAACUUGUGCUCGGCAUGUGCUUCAACUGGGGUGCCCUGCUGGGCUGGUGUGCUACCCAAGGUAGCGUUAAUCUGGAUGCCUGCCUGCCAUUGUACCUGUCUGGUGUUUGCUGGACCAUUGUCUAUGAUACCAUCUAUGCGCACCAGGACAAGCUCGAUGAUUUGCAAAUUGGAGUGAAGUCCACAGCGCUACGUUUUGGAGAGAACACAAAAGCUUGGCUUUCGGGUUUUACGGCUGCUAUGCUGGCGGGCUUGUCGGCUGCCGGCUAUGCCUGUGAUCAGACACUGCCCUACUAUGCCGCAGUUGGGGUCGUUGGAGCACAUUUAGUGCAGCAGAUCUACUCACUCAACAUAGACAAUCCCAGUGACUGCGCCAAGAAAUUCCUUUCGAAUCAUCAAGUGGGCCUCAUUCUGUUUCUGGGCAUUGUGCUGGGCACUCUGCUGAAAUCGGAAGAUAACAAAAGACAGCGCAAAGCAUCGAUGGCACCCGUAACUCCUCCCGCAUAUGUACCCUUACCGCAAUCACAGCCAGACGUAAUAAGCUGAAAUGUUUUAUGGUUGUGAUGUUAAUUUAAUUUUCAUGCAACAUUUGCGCUUUCUUUUCGCACUAGACCAAAGUCUGUAGUUAGCUAAAUAGUUUAAUUAUUGUAUAUGGUUUUAUUUUUUAUUAGUAAUUUUAAUGGUAUUCAAUGCAGAUUGUUGUGACAAUAUUAAAAAUGCCUCGGGAAAAGUCAAAGAACGUUUCAUCUUUGCACGCUUUCAGACUUAGCGACCUUCAAUCUUUGCAAACAAACUGGUUUCUGUAUUAAUGCUUAAUCGUUAGUUUUAAUUACAAAUACAGAUUAUGACGUUUGUGUGUUGUAAGACAAA